UUUGUCUCCAAAUUAAAAAUCCCCUUGAACCAUUUUGUCCAAGAUGACAUGAACACCUACUUUUUGCUAAAUGGGAAACUUCAUAAAAACUUGGCUGUGGCAAACAACCAUGAUGUGCUGAAUUACACCCUGAAUGAGGGAGAGAGAGGGAAAUCAGCUGCACAGCUCUUCAGUGAGACUCUGUGGAAGGUGCGAGAUGAUCUUCAGACAAGUGGCUGUAGUGCAAUGUUGGAAAAGUAUGACUCCUACACAGUGAAAGAAUACUUGGUGAAAGAGGGCAAUCUGAGUCGUGGUGCGUUGCGGAUGAUUGGAGACAUCCUGAAUGAAAACAGCCUCUUUUACACAUCCAUGCUAGAGAUGCUUUACGUCCAGUCCGACAUCAAUGAUGACACUGA